AUGAUUAGAUGUUGUUUAAUUGGUGGUGAGAGUACCUACAAAACCACAAUAGCAAAAUAUCUAACAGAACAAUUUAAAAAUAGCACCUAUGUUGCUGAAUACGCGAUCGACUACUUUUCGGGUAGAGAUUUACAACAAUCACCUUUUUGUUCAAUUGAUUUUGUAAAUGUAGCAAAAGGUCAAUACGAGUUGGAAGAAUUGGGAUCAAAACAAACAAAAAUAUUAUUUUGUGAUACAAACCCUCUUUGUACUUUGAUUUGGAGUAAAACAUUAAUUGGUUCAUAUGAUAAAGAAAUUGAUAAAUAUAUUUUAAAAUAUGAUAUUUGUUUAUUAUUGGAUUGUCAAGAUGUUGUUUGGGAUGGAGAGGGUGAACUAAGGUUAAUAGAGGACCCAGAAAAUAGAAAACAAUUCCAAAAUCAAUUAAUUGAACAAUUGGAAUCAAGGUCAAUACCCUAUCAUCAUAUCAAAGGAAAAGAUUUAUCAACUAGACAAGAUCAAUUAAAAAAACUAUAUUAA